AUGGCCAAAUCACCACACCCAUCACCCUACACGCCCAUAUCAUCACCAACAGCCCACGAACCACCAGAUGGACGCGCUCGCUCCUCAGCCACAAAGUGGGAUCCGGGACCGGACUCCACGACCUUCGCGCUCGUCCCCGCUGCGUCCUACAACACCCUCGUCCAGCUCCGGCCGCUUACCUCGCGCCUGCUGCGCGGCCGACGGCGGCUACGCCGGCUCCUCCUCCCGGCAGAGCCCGGCUCAGACGUCCUUCACGCCCUCCUCGCAAGACCCGCGGAGCUGAGCGAUGGAAGCCCCCACCUCGCGCGCGCCUUUGCCGUCGUCGUGUUUGCCAUCCUCACCAACCACGUGCGGCGUAUGGUCCUCCCCGCCCUCGGGGUCGGCGGCUUCGGCGCGCCUAUCACGGCCCUUAAGCUCGCGGCGGGCAGCCCGGCCAUUUUCCUCAAGGAGGAGAUGGAGACCGGCAUUCUCGGUAGAAGCGCGGGGUGGGAGGGCGCGUCGAAGGUCAUUGGGGACAUCGUGGGCGGGUUCGCCGUGCGGGGCGCCGUGGCCGGCACUCCCCGUCGGUGGGACAGCGAAGCGGACAAGGCCAUGGUUGUGACGGCCGUCGUCUACUGCGUCUGGGUCCUCGGGUGUGCAGAGUACGUCCACGCGAGGGCUGUCCACACCGUGGCUGUCAGCAUUGCUUACGCCAAACUCAUCCGCGGCGGGCCAACUUACCGACAGGCGCUGAGGGAGAUCCUUCUCCCCUCAACCUCGUCCGGUGUCCUCAAGGUCCUCGGAUCCCACUUAGAGCUGGCCUAUUACGUCACAUACGGACUCUUGCCACUCCUUUGCCUCGCGGCCCGGUCCGCCUUCAGGCCGGAGCCCAGGCGAGGUGGGCCGGGGCUGGCUCUUCUGGUUACCGGCUGGGCCUGGGGCACGGGAUACGUGACGCGGUACUCAAACAAGUACUACAUCGGUCUAGAGAUGAGCGGGCUUCUGCUGGUUGUGUGGUGGGUCUUGGCGGCGGCGGCCGUCUUUGUAUGGCGCGCUCUGCGGACUCGGUUUAAGGUCUACCUAUGA